GGAGGUACCAGGAAAGAAAGCUGAGUGCACCAGAAGAGGCACUGGACUCCAAGGACUUCCAACUAAGUCAUCUACAUAUUUAACACUUAAUCUUAGUUAAGCUUCUCCUGGCACUAUGAUGCAGAUGCCCGAGCUGCUUCACAGCCAGAAGAACUCUCUGUUCACAGCCAUGAACCGCUUCAUUGGCGCCGUGAACAACAUGGACCAGACGGUGAUGGUGCCCAGCCUACUGCGGGACGUGCCGCUAGAGCAGCGCGAUGCGGAGCCGGGGAGGUACCUGCGGGAUGCAGAGGCGGACAUGUACACCUACUACACCCAGCUCAAGUCCAUCCGCAACGAAAUCGAGUGGGGCGUAGUGCGUGAAGACCAGCGACGAAAAGAAAGAGCGGCUAAUACCGCUGUUAACGCUGCUAACACGGAGCCCGAGGGCGAGGAUGGCACGGACCUGGAGCAGCUGCUGCAAUACCACCUGAAGGGGCUGCACGGUGUGCUUGCCAAACUCACCAGCCAAGCAAACAACCUGACAAACCGCUACAAGCAGGAGAUCGGCAUCGCGGGCUGGGGCCAGUGAGAUGGUGCAUGUCCGAAAGAGAACUUCUUUCUCGGUGUGUUCUGCGCAUGCGUAGCAAGAGCAAAUCUUAACGCCUGUCUGAUUUAGUUCUUGAUCUACCAGCGCUUACGUAGAACGGACGUCUUUGCCGAGCUGCGCCUGACUUGAUCUUUUACUAGAGACUGAAAACUCUAAACGUUGUUCAACACAAGAAGAAGAGACUGUUUGAGAGCUGGAAAGUAUUUCUGUCGGCAUUGAUUUUGCUACUGAUGAAAAGCCCUUAUGCUGUCACAUGUCGUACCGCAUAGCCUAAUUACACAGAUUCCGUUUUUACCUCUGUUUCGACCGUUUAAAGCUCAGAUGAUGUGCAUGUACUUUGUACGUGAGAGCUGUUGUGUUUUGUUCUAAAGUGUACUUUGCUAAUGCAGAGAGUGAGCAGAAGACUGCUCUGGUCUUGUGAUGCUGGCACUCUCUGACAUACUCUUUAAAGUGUACUGAAAACUUUGGAAUUUAACGUAGCCUAUUUAUUAGUUUGUUGCUCAUGUAUGCAGAUGGCUAGUUUUAUAGAGAAGGCUUGGGUACGUUCUCUACCACUGACGCGAAACUACCGGUGAAUCAUUGACGUGGAAUGCUCUGAGAAGUUCACAAUAUGUGGAAGUUAUGAAGAGCUUCUUGAGAUUCUUUUGUCUUAGUACUUUUGUUGCCAGUUUUGUUGUUUGUCCAAAGCUGUUGUUCUUAUGUUUUAUAUUGGAAAUAAUUUUGUAGCAAAAUAAAACCUUUUGUAAAUUA